UGUACCAGAGAUCGAGUCGCUUACCACCCCUUGGUAGCACUGGUAAAAGACCAGCAGGGCGUUUCGAAAUUCAGGCAAGUCUGUCCACCCACUUUCAUGGAGCAUCAUCAACCCAUCCUACUCAAUCCGAUUCACUUUGAAUUAGACAUGCCGCCUACUGACUACGCGCAAUUCGUAGUGGACGUGAUCGCCCGCAUGACCCGCGAGUCAGGAACGAUCGACCAGUCCAUCCUCAGACGCGCGAUCGGGCUUGCGUCCUCCUAUCUCCUAACAGACACAUCCACAAACUCUGAGGGUGGCAUCGUCACCUGGCAAACCGGAUUCAACCAACUCGCAGAUGUUGUUGUCGUAUUGCAUCACAGAGACGAGCUCGAACUCGAGACCUUCAACGAGGCCUCGAAAGCAUGCUCAGAGUGUUGGAGCGUCGCAGGCACUUGGAGAGGCAUGGAGGAUUGUCGGCAUGGCGUCAAAGAAGUCGCUGGUAAGCUCAAAAAGCUCUUGGACGAGCCAAACAGGAGGACGUACAAGGGUCAUAAAGUGUAUACACCCAACAGUGCAUGACGACAUUACUGCAGCCCCUGUAAAUACUCUGUACAUUUAGCGACAUUAUCGCACAGCCACAGUCAUUUCCCU